ACAAUGUCAGUCAGAAGUAUCAAAUUUCCGGCUGUACACAACACAAUGCCGUGAUAGAGAUGCAUUUUAUACACAUACCUUCAUAAAAUAUGGAUUUAAGUGGAAUAUUUCCCCCAAUCACAACACCUUUCAACGAAGAAGAACAAAUCGAUUACGACAAGUUGCGAGAAAACCUUGAGAGAUGGAAUGAAAUACCUUUCAAAGGUUAUGUUGUGCAAGGUUCAAAUGGUGAGUUUGCAUACCUUGAUCCAGAUGAAAGAAUAGAGCUGGUGAAAAAAGUAAAAGAAUAUGCAGCUAAAGAAAAACUGAUCAUUGCAGGAGCAGCUUGUGAAGGAACAAACCAGACCAUUGCUAUGGUGAAAUGUAUGGCUUUAGCUGGCGUUGACUCUGUUCUUGUGUCAACACCUUGUUUCUACAAGUCAGGAAUGACUAAAGAAGCAUUGCAGUUACAUUACACUAAGGUUGCAGACUCAUCCCCAGUCCCAGUCAUACUAUACAGUGUUCCUACCAACACUGGGAUUGAUCUUAAUGAGGAAAUAAUUGUUAAAUUGUCUGAGCAUCCUAACAUUAUUGGAUUGAAAGACAGUGGGGGCAAUAUCACAAAAAUUGGAAGUGUUCUUCAUCGUACAAUGAAAAGACCCUUCCAGGUUUUAGCUGGUUCAGCGUCUUUUCUUUAUGCAUCCCUCACCUUAGGGGCAGUUGGGGGAGUGUGUGCAUUGGCUAAUGUGCUUGGAAGAGAAGUUUGUCAUUUAGUUGACCUACACAAAAAUAGAGAACAUGAGAAAGCAAAAACACUACAACAUCAGCUUAUUGCACCAAAUACAGCUGUCACAGCUGGACAUGGUAUAGCAGGCCUCAAGGCAGCAAUGGAUAUGUUCGGGUACUAUGGUGGAUCACCAAGGUCACCAUUACUGCCAAUCACAAAUGAACAAAUAAAAGACAUCAAGGCAACAUUUUCACCUUUUCUGUAAAACUUGGAAAAUUUCUCACAAUUUUAAUUUCAUUAGCUACCACUACACUAGCCAAUUAAUUGCUAUAAUAGACACAUAGCAUAACAAAAUUCUUGAGAAAUAUUUAAUGGCUCAUAUUCUGUUACAAAAGUUAACAUUCAAAAUAAAUUAUUUGGAUGUUCAA